AUGAACACCGUCCUGCUGGAAUCCCGGCCAUACCGGCCGUUCAAAUCGAGCGAAGAGUAUCUGUACGCGAUGCGCGAAGAUUUGGCCGAAUGGCUGAACACGAUGUAUCCGGAUCUGCGCAUCAAUGUGGAAAACUUUAUGGACCGUCUGGAUACGGGCGUAGCCCUGUGCAAGCAUGCCAACAACGUACGAGUGGCCGCCGAACAGUACGUCGCCCGGCGCAUGGCACGGAACAAAUCCAUGACGAAAUCGAUCACAUCCGGGCUGGCCGGUCCAAUCCUUAGCAUGGGCAAUGUGCACUUUCUGGCCGCGGCCAAGAGUGGCACCUUCUUCGCCCGGGACAACGUUUCCAACUUCAUCACAUGGUGCAGAAAAAGCCUUCAGAUUCUCGAGUGUCUGCUGUUCGAAACGGACGAUUUGAUAAUGCGCAAGAACGAAAAACACGUCAUCCUGUGCCUGCUGGAAGUUGCGCGCCGUGGUGCCAAGUUCGGUAUGCUUGCACCCAUGCUGGUACAGAUGGAGCGUCAGAUCGAUCGGGAGAUAGCGGCCGACAAUCGGGCCAACGCUGGUGUAGGCUGCGGAACACAGACCGAAGGUGAGGGUGGCGGUGGUACCGGCACUGGCGUAUCCACCGGCACGGAAACGGAGCUGUACGACAGUGACAGCGAGGAGGAGGACCACGAGUCCGAGUCACCAAUGCUGAUGUACGGUCCCCAACCACAGAUCGUCACGAACGAUCUGAAGAGCCUGGACGAAAUGGUUCGUGAUCUGGUGGAAAAGUGCACCUGCCCGUCCCAGUUCCCGAUGGUGCGCGUCUCGGAGGGCAAGUACAGAAUCGGCGAUACCAAAGUGCUCAUAUUCGUGCGGAUUCUUCGUUCACACGUGAUGGUCCGCGUUGGCGGUGGUUGGGAUACGCUCGCACACUACCUGGACAAGCAUGAUCCGUGCCGGUGCCGAUCGCAGCAUCGUUCGUCCGCCUCAGCACGGUUGAUCACCAAAACCAGCAACGCCAACGGAAUCGAGCUGCACAAAGCUCAGGUCCACUAUGAUCGAUCUGGUUCACCGUGGAAAGCGAAUGCGACUCCCAGCCAGAAUGGAUCACCGAUCAACGGCGGUAGUAACAGCAAUACUAAUACCUUGUCACCUCCAGCACGUGCCAGAAGCCGUAGCCGUAGUCCCAGUGCCCAGCGUCGUUUACCGACAGAAAAUGGAGAUAAACUGCAACCGCCAGGAUCUCCGUUGAAAACGGCACGACGUUCGGUGUCACCCAGUCCGCGCCGGAUGCAGGAGAACAGUGUGGCCAACAAACGCAAAGCAGCUGGAUCGUCAAACAACGCUACCGCUGCUGGUGGUGUAGUACACUUUGAAUGUGAUAAAGAUCCGGCGGCACCGGUUGCGCCGGUAGUGGGAACGGCGACCGUGUUGCCGUCGGAAGAUGACAAGAAUCGUUACGAGAGCGUCAGCGACAAUGGUAGCGAGAUCAGUGACGAGGGUUACCGUAGCCUUGGUUUAGUGCAGGGUGGUCUUGGUGCCGGUGGUACCGCUGCCGGUGGAGCUGGUGGGCUGCGGAAGGGUUUCGGAAACAGCCAACAUUCGAGCGAAGAUGCAGAUACUAAUGCGCAUCUCGAUACGACAACGUCGGACUCGCAAGCCAGCCCAACGGAGGAGGAAAGCUCUACGAAAACGAACGAUGAAGAUCUGACACCCAUCUCGGAUGAGCUGGCCGUGGUGAACGAAACUACAGACGCACGCCACUAUCCAGUCGCCGAGCACGAUUCGCUAAUCGACUGUCCGGACGGAGCCAUUUCCACCGGUCCGGCUUCCGGUUCCUUCGAAAGCUACGGCGUGUACGUGAACGAUGACGAAAUCACGGUGGACAUUGCGAAUGCGACCGGUUUGCGCAAGACGGGCUUUUCCGACCGCAUUAUGGACCGUACCAGCGUGGCCGCAUCUGCUGCUGCUGGUGCUGGCGGUGUCGGGUCGCGCAUACCGCGUUCACCUGUUGGGCCGCGACGCAAGGAAAGCGCGGAAAGCACCGCCAGCGGCACGGUUACCGACGAGUUGGCGGUGGUCAAUAAUCACGGACUGCGCAAAACAUCCAUCGCCAAAUCGGUAACGCGCAAACCGACCGCACUCGCCGGUUCCACCGUGAGCAGUGCGGAACCGUCGGCAAAGGAAACCAACACCUGGAGCGGUCGAUCCACAAAGAAGCGACCCUCGCUAACGUCACAAACGUUCAAUGGCACCGGAAAGGGGACCGGUACGCCGGCACCGGCACCAUUCACACGCAAUUCGCCGGUGCGUGCCUCGCUGGCAGCGGAACGCACGAUGACCGGACGGAAUCGAACGCCGAAAGCGACCGGUUCGGCGUGCACCUCCACCAAUACGUCACCGAGCAAGAGCACCUCGGAUGCGGUGGCACUAUUGCUCCAGCAGAUCAAGGAUACGCUAGAUUCGGGCACGAACGAUACGCAGAUUGUCGAACGGGUUAGACGCCUGGUGUCGCAAACGAGCGUACCGGACGAGCUGGUUAACGACUUUACCACCGCCUGGGUGCACUCCAAUGGGAAUCUCGACCGUUCGAAGGUGAUGUUGGCCGGUUCCGGUACGGGCACCACGUCGCCCUCCAAACCACAGUCUACGCUGUCCAAGCGGGCGAGUACCCUCUCCAACGCGUCUGACAGUACGCAGUCAAAUUGUCGCGACUUGGCGUCGGUAGUUUCGCCACGCCGCCUCGAUAAGGGUCUGUCGAAGAUUCCGGCCCCGGUUCGUUCGAAUACGGGCCUGUAUUGA